UGACCAAUUUUUGGACGGAAAUCCAAAACUUAGAAGAGGAAAAAAAUGCUAUUCGAACUGCCUCGUUGGGGCAUCUCAACAUAUUCGGGAAAAUGCUUACACAAUAUGCAAAUGGAAUUGAAAGUACAAAUUUACCAACUAAUUUUCAUCAACCAGAAGUGCAACAAGAAUUACGAGAAUCUAAUACAAUGCGAAAUGAAAAUCAGGACUAUCAUGAAGACCACAGUAAACUAUUAAACAAUAACAUCGAUAUUAUAACCAAUGUUACGGAUGAUUAUUUACAAGAAGCAGUGGAGUCCAUGGUUGGAAAAGUGGGAAGUGGCAUAUUGAAAGUGGAUAAUGUAAAUUUGGAAGAAAUUUUCGAAAAGUACCGCGAUGAGUGUGAAAGUAGAUUUGAUGAUAUUAUGGAUUUGAGACCCACUUCACAAUUGACAAAAAUUAUUCCCGAAGUGACGUGGGAAAAAUUUAUCUUGAAUACAUAUCCUAAUCAUAAAAUAUCAGAAAAAUGGGAAGAAUUAAUACAAGGUUUUUUUAGGGUAUAUUUCAAGAUCUAG